AAUCACGUUAAAAUGGAUUAUUAAUGUAUGUUUAUAGUAUCUUUAUUUUAUGAUCACGGCUGUUUUAUCCAAAGAAAAAUAACUAUCUCUUGUUUUCGAGAAGAUUUUAUAGAAUGAUAAGUAUUAGAAUGAUAAGGAAAGAGAUAUUCUUGGUGAAUAAAAGUAUUAUUUCUAAAGAUUUAUAUUAUUUAAAAUGAGUUUCACUGAAAGACCUGUGAAAAAAGAAAUUUUGCGAAGUUCUUGACAUAUGAAAAGCGUUAUUCUUCUCAAUUAAAGGUCCAGAAACAACUUGACUGAAAGUAAAAUUCUAACGUUCAAAUGGCUUUCGAUACACGUCAAUACUUUGCGUAUUUAAUGAUAUUCUGUUUCGUCACUUACCUCAUCAUCAGCUGGUAUAUCUCAAAAGAACAUCGCAUUAACGUCAACUAUAAAUCAGAUGCAACAGAAUACAACACAUUCAUCAUCAAUCAAGAAGAAGAACAUCAAAUGAGCACUAAGGAAAUACCAUUAGUUUCUGGUAAGGAUACGUUGGAGGAUAGAGAUUUCACCAACAACAUAUUUGGUAAUAUUAAUGCAGACUCUCCGGCAGAAGACUCAAAAAUCCAAUCUGAUUUACCAUCUUGGCGUAAAAUAUUUUCAAAAGAAGCAAUGAAUAAUCAGAUAAAAUCGGUCAGUUGGAAUGAUUAUCCAUAUGAAGACACAAAAUUAACUAUGAAAUUAGCUGUAAAACCAACCAAAAAUCCUGCUUUUAUAAUUGAUACAUCAACAUGCAGGAUUCCUAAAUUCGACCCAUGGGAUUCAACAGUACGUAAUAUAAUCCAUCUGUACGAUCCUUUUAUAUGUCCGGGUCCUCCUUUAUUCAUGACUGCAGAACCGUAUGGGAGUAUUUAUUUGAAUUUAUCAGUAUUAGAAAAACAUUACAAUUAUACUUUUGAGGAUGCAAAUUGUUGGUACUGGCCGGUGGUGCGCCAAUACGAGCCAGAUCAAAUUAGAGAAGAUACAAUCAUUUUGACUGAUUCAAAGCGGCUAUAUUUUUAUUUCGCUCUUGAUGAAGACCAUAUUGCAGUGAAAUGUUACUUCAAAAAUAACUUUACAUAUCAGCAGUAUUUUCCUCUUGUUAGAUUAAAAGAUGAAGUGGAAAAUAAAAAAUCUGGAAUCAAACCUACAGCUCCAUUAAACGUUAUUCUUCUAGGCAUAGACUCUGUGUCAAAGUUGAAUUUUUUGAGACAUUUUCGACAAACUAAAGCCUUUUUGGAAGAAAAUAUGAAGGCUUUUGACAUGAAAGGUUACACGAAGGUGGCUGAUAAUACUUUUUUAAACAUAGUACCUAUGUUAACCGGGCAUUUCGUUGAAUAUUAUUGGAACGAAACAGUCAGAGAUACAUUCUUUUUCGAUAAUAUAAGCUUGAUCUGGAAAGAUUAUGCUAAGCAGGGUUAUAGAACGUUUUUUGCAGAUGAUGCACCAUUUAAUGGCAUAUUCAACUAUUUCAAGAGAGGGUUUUUUAGAGAGCCUACUGAUUACUACUAUAGACCUACAGCGUUAAUGAUCGAACAAUCCGAAGUUAGGCACGCUGCAAAACAGUACAACUCAACUUGCAUAAAUUCUCAACUUGAAACUGAUCUUAUGUACGACUAUUUAAUAAAUUUCGUUAAGACCAUGGGUGGCAGACCAUACUUUGCUUUCUGCAUGGUCUCUAUCCUAACGCAUGACGUUGCGGAUUAUGCAAGCUAUGCUGACGCCCCUGCGGCUAGAUUACUAAAAGGCCUUGAUGAAACUGGAGCUCUGAAUAAUAGUGUUUUAGUCAUAUUCAGUGACCACGGCAUACGGUAUGGUAAAAUAAGGGAAACUUACAUUGGGAAGUUUGAAGAAAGGAUGCCAUUUAUGUAUAUACACUUUCCAAAAUGGUUUCUAGCCCAAAAUUCUGACAUAAACAGAAAUAUGAUCGUAAACCAAGAACGUUUAAUGACCCUCUUCGACAUUCAUGCUACACUGAAGCAUUUGCUCAACCCUAAAAACGAAUAUGUAGCAGACUUUGAUGAAUAUGGACUUAGCCUUCUUAAUGAAAUUCCAGAGAGCCGCACUUGUGAUGAUGCUGCUAUUCUGCAUCAUUGGUGUCCUUGCAAUGAAUUCGAACAGUUGGAAGUAAAUAACCCGGGUGUUAUAAAUGCUUCCCAAGCCAUAGUCAAACACAUAAACAUGCUUUUGCAACCCCAUGCCGAUGUAUGUGAAACUCUGGAGCUUGCCAAAGUUAUGGAUGCUCGACAAGGAUUACCGAACGAACACGUACUCAAAUAUCAAGGCCAUGUCAAUGAAAUUAUAAACAUGCACAUAGUUUUGGGCGAUGCACCACCGACAUUGGGUGAUUAUCUCAUAACACUGGAAGUCAAACCGGGGGGUGCAAUUUUGGAAGGAACUGUUCGAUAUGAUGCAGAAAAUGCGGUACUAAGAGUGUUGGAUGUCAGCAGAAUAAACAUGUACGGUACCCAGUCCUGGUGCAUAGAUAGUGCGAAACUAAAGCUGUACUGUUUUUGCAAAGUACAGAUUGAGUGAAAGUAGUGCAUUCAUUACUUCAGAGGAAUCUAUACAACGGGAGAAACACUUAGUAGAAAAUAUUCUUUCACCUUCCUCACUGAAUUGAAAUUUAAAGUAUAGAAAAAGUAAGUUUAGGCAAGCCUAGAGAAGGCCAUAAAUUUUUAUUUGCCGAAGAAAAAUUUCAAAAUUUAAAAAUGCUAACAACUUAUUGGAAAAGAACUUCUCCAUUGCGUAAUCCUAAGUUAUCUUCUCACAAAUUAUUUUCCCUCGGAUAUUUUACAUUUUUCCUUUCAGCAUUUUCUUUUCAGAAUUCCCGACGAAAAAUUUCUCCCAUGGUAUGACGUCCUCCUAAGGUAGCAGUGGGCGUAAAAUAAAUAUUUCCACAUAAUUCAAUGUUGCUGAAUAUUAGAUCAAUAUUAUAGUUUAACGGGCUCUAAAACAUUUAACAGUGGAUAAAAUUAAAGUAUAAUCACUUAAAAAUGAA